AUUCUUGAGUGAAAAUUAGUUUGGAAAAUUUUAAAAAUCACUAAAAUAAUGAAGAUGAAGACGUAAGUCGAUACUUGAAUUUGAACGUUUGAUAAUGCAGUGCAAAACUCAAACUCAAUCAAAUGCAGUUGUGAGUGAAUACCAUGGCAGACAAAGAACAUUUGGAAGAAGUCAAAUCACCGAUUGUUAUGAAAGUAGAAGCACCUCCAGAUGAAAACUCUGCCAAUUCAGCCACAGAGGAAAAUGAUAGUAAUGAAAACAAGAGUAAUGAUGAUAGCAGCAGUAGUAGCAACAAUAGUGGAACACACUGUACAAUAAAUAAUCAACAAACAUCAAAAGUUCCAGUAUUGGCUAGACCAAAAUUUGGUAUUGGAAAUCCAUUUGCAAUAAAGCCUAGUAUUUUAAGUAGCCCUAAGUUAAAUUUGAGUAAUAACUCAUCAAAAACAAUAUUACGACCAUCAAAAUUAUCAACGGUAAACGAUGAAACAUCAACAUCUGAAGCAUCAAAUAAUAGUAAUAAAAAACCAUUUGUAUUAAGUCCACCACAAUUAAAUCCAUUUUUAAAAGUAGCGAUAAGUGAUGAAAAUUUAACAAAUAAAAGUACUAAUGCUAAAGAACAAGAAAAUUCAAAAGGUCCAGCAGAAAGUUCAUCAGAUGCAACGUCUAAUAAAAAAGAAGAUGCACCAAAAUUUGUUCCAUUAACUGGUGCGAAUUCAACACAAAAUAAUAGUACAUCAAAUUCUGCAACAAAUUUUACGGUAAAUUCAUCGGGUUCAUUUGUUUUUGGACAAAAUUUACAUGAACGUGUUAUUGGAGAAAAUGUUGAUGGUAAAAAUAAUGGCAUUGAAAGUUCUAUGCCAGUACCUUCAUCAAGCUGUUCAAAUGGUACUUCGUCAUCAUCGUCAGCAGAAGCAUUAUUCAGUACUGCAGCAGUUGUAAAUAAUGACAAAAGUAGUGCCGAUAACAAUGGUGAAGCAAAAAGUUUAAGUGAAGCCGCACGUGAAUAUGAAGAGAGUCGAGCACAAAAACGUAAAUACGAGGAAGUGACGGUCAUCACUGGUGAAGAAAAUGAAGAGAAUAUUAUGCAAAUAUCAUGUAAAUUAUUUGCAUUCGAUCAAACCACUAGAAAUUGGCAAGAACGCGGACGUGGUAAUUUACGUUUAAAUGAUAUUAUUUUACCUUCUUCAACGUCUUGUUCAGCUGGAGAUUCGUCAACGGCUUCAUCAUCGAAUGAUGUACAAUCAUCACGUUUAGUUGUUCGUUCAACUGGUAGCUUACGUGUUGUUAUGAAUACUAAGAUUUGGGCAGGAAUGUCUGUAGAGUUGGCGAGUCCUAAAAGUAUACGUUUAACGGCUAUGGAUAGUGCGGGUAUUGUUAAAGUAUUUCUUGUCAUGGCAAAUGUAAAAGAAAUAGAAAAAUUACAUAAAUUAUUAAAAAAUCGCGUUGACAGUGAAAUCAAACGACAAAAUAAAUUAUUAGAAACAACACCAACAGAUAACAAUAGUACAGCAGAACCUGUUUCAAAACGAAAACCAUCUGAUGUAAAUGUGUGAAAACAAAAAAAAAUAAAAUAAAAUAAAUUGUAAUUCUUAAUAAAUUCCAUAUUAAAAUAGAGACAUCUUAAAAAUGUUUUGUAAAGUUAAAAAAAAAAAAACCAAAACAUGCUCA